GGGUGACGCAAUUUUGUCGUUUAUUUAAGACUCGCUUGAGUACCGAGGAAAAGUUGUAUCUCUCCUCUUCUGAUUUUUCUUCGUUCUCUGCAAUUUGCAUGCCAAGAAGCUCGAAAAUGGUGAUCGGGACCCUCCUUCGAUCCACUCUCAGAACCCAGAUGGGUUCAUGUACGAGACAUCUUUCUGGUUCAAGAAGUUUGCAGGAUCAUCCUGUGCAGGCUUGUCUACUUACCAGAUUGUAUAGUACAAGUGCAUAUUUACAGAAGGAAAGUUCUGGUGAUGUGGAUGGUGGUAAUGGGUUUAAGGGGCACAAUAUGCUGGCACCUUUUACUGCUGGAUGGCAAACUACUGAUUUGAAUCCUCUGGUUAUUGAGAAGUCUGAGGGUAGCUAUGUUUAUGACAUCGAUGGGAAAAAGUAUCUCGAUUCUCUUGCUGGUCUAUGGUGCACAGCCUUAGGGGGCAAUGAACCUCGGCUUGUGGCUGCUGCUACUGCACAAUUGAAUACCUUGCCGUUUUACCACUCUUUUUGGAACCGGACAACGAAACCUUCUCUGGAUCUUGCAAAGGAACUUCUGGAAACUUUCACUGCAAGGAAAAUGGCAAAAGUCUUCUUUACAAAUAGUGGAUCAGAGGCCAAUGAUUCACAGGUGAAACUGGUUUGGUAUUACAAUAAUGCACUUGGAAGACCAAACAAGAAAAAGUUUAUUGCUCGAGCUAAGUCGUAUCAUGGAUCAACUCUGAUAUCAGCUAGCCUUUCAGGCCUUCCUGCCUUGCACCAAAAAUUUGAUUUACCGGCUCCUUUUGUAUUGCACACUGACUGCCCUCAUUAUUGGCGCUAUCAUCUCCCAGGUGAGACAGAGGAAGAGUUCUCAACCAGAUUAGCCAAUAACUUAGAGAAUCUUAUCCUCAAAGAGGGACCUGAAACAAUUGCUGCUUUUAUUGCGGAGCCUGUCAUGGGGGCAGGAGGAGUCAUUCCUCCACCUGCGACCUAUUUUGAGAAGAUCCAAGCAGUUGUAAAAAAAUAUGAUAUCCUUUAUCUUGCUGAUGAGGUUAUCUGUGCAUUUGGAAGGCUGGGGACCAUGUUUGGGUGCGACAAAUACAACAUUAAACCAGAUCUCGUUUCUUUAGCAAAGGCCCUUUCUUCUGCAUAUAUGCCCAUUGGAGCCAUCCUCAUGAGCCCAGAAAUUGCAGACAUCAUAUACUCCCAGAGCAACAAACUCGGUUCAUUCUCUCAUGGAUUUACCUAUUCAGGGCACCCUGUUGCCUGUGCUGUUGCCUUGGAAUCCUUGAAGAUCUACAAGGAGAGAAAUAUUGUUGAUAGAGUCAAUAGCGUUGCCGGAAAGUUUCAAGAUGGUCUUAAAGCCUUUUCUGGCAGUCCCGUUGUUGGGGAGAUAAGGGGAACAGGCUUAAUUCUCGGAACAGAGUUCACGGACAACAAGUCACCUAAUGAUUUGUUCCCUCCUGAGUGGGGAAUUGGAGCUUAUUUUGGAGCAGAGUGUGAAAAGAAUGGAAUGUUAGUACGUGUUGCCGGUGACAACAUAAUGAUGUCUCCUCCAUUUAUAAUCUCUCCUGAAGAAAUUGAUGAGAUGAUUAACAUUUAUGGGAAAGCACUGAAGGCUACCGAGGAGAGGGUGAAGGAACUAAAGGCUCAGCACAAUAAGCAAUAAGCAAGCAGCAAAGAACUGGCUGAUAAUGGCGAAAAAAACAUGUAAAAUCAUCAUGUAAAUUGGAGUCAGCUUGCUCCCUGUGAUUUGGCUUCAUACUUUUAUUAAUAAAUAAUUUUCUGCAA